ACGGAAAGCUUUGGCGCCAAGACAAUGGAAAAUUUAGUUGUACAAUGAAAUGAUCUCUCAGUUCGAGGAAGCUUUAACCGACUUAUCUCCUGAUGACGGUGAUCGUGUGCCGUGGUAAACAAAGCUAUCAUGAGUACUCGACAUAGAGGCCGUUUAGAGAUCCCCACUUGGUCGGAAAAAGCUUUUGAUGAGGACGCGUCAUUUCGCUGGGGCGACGCUGCAGACAGGCCAGAUAAUGUCUCUGCCAAAAAAGGACUUAAGUUCUAUUCCGGGUUUGAAUUAAAUGGCGUUUUAUAUAAUAGAGAGGACUGCGUCUUAAUCGACAACGCAGAUGCGCUAGAUGCGAGUGAUGGAUCUCAGCUUUACGUCGCCCGUCUGGAGGCCCUUUGUGAUUUGGGUGAGGAAUCAAAGCUGGGGUACCGAUAUCAGGGCUGGGUGUCGUGGUACACGCGCCCAUCGGAAGCAAAGAAACAUAAAAUAUCGCUACCCCACGACAUUGAUGAUAAACGUGAGGUUCUUCGGUCAAAUCCGAAAACAGGCGGCAAGCAGAUUGACUUGGAAACAAUUCGUUCGAAAUGCAAAGUUAUUCAUGUACCGGAAACCGUGACGACCCUGGAGUUCGCCGACGUGGUAGAUGACGAUGAUAAUCCUCAGCUUUACUGUCGGUAUGAGAUAAUUAAUCGACAACAUCUGAAAGCUGUGAUAACCCCCGCAACUACACCACGCAAGGUAUCCAAGACGUCUUCAAAAGUUUCGACGAUCAAUGUCUUCAAAAACAAGAAAGUUUCAGCUGAAGAAAUGGGUAUACUGGAUUCGCUGGCAUUGGAACAUAAAAACGUGAUUAAACACGAAGCCUUAGUUAGCAUGUCUCCGAGAAAGAUGGUUUCCCCGAUAAAACUAGUGCGCAAUAAAAACAAGGAGAAUCAGUACACGCCCGAAAAACGGAUAGCAAUUGAUACACGACGCCCAGAUACUGUUGAAAAGCUCAGUUGGAAGGUGAGCGAUCUUACCGUUCGAACACCACAAAGAUCGGCAUUUACUGAAAUUAUGCCCAAUAACAAGGACAUUCCCCAAACACCAAAAAGCACAAACGUCAACACUGUUGAUACAACUACGACCACCAGGUCUGGCCGCAAAGUGCGGCGUGCAAUGACAUUCGACGAAGAGGAGUUUCCCGCUGCAAGACGAAGUUCUAUUGACAAGCUUAACACACUGAGAGAUGAAGACCUGCUGAGUGAGGAAAGUUACGUAGGGAGCUCUACCGAAGAGUCGACGGACGAGUCUGAAGGGACAGAUUCGGAUGAUGAUGUCAUCAUAAAACCUAAAUCGAAGCGGAGCCAAGGUUUCACCAAAGGUUUAAUGCACACUCCAUCAACGAAAAAUGUUCGGGGACAGUUAACUCGGAAAGCUAACCUAAAAUGUUCAACUAAUUCUAAAGUCAUUAGUCAAAAAGCACCAGGCAUGCCGUUGCGUCGCGUAUUUCAUAGAAACAACACGAACAACGACUUUGAGAUGGCGCUUGACAAAUUGCACGUGUGUGCUGUUCCGGAUCAACUAUCUUGUCGAGAAACGCAGUUUGCAGAGAUCUUCGAUUUCGUCGAAAGCAGGUUAUCGGACGAAGCGGGUGGCUGCAUGUAUAUCUCCGGAGUUCCUGGAACGGGGAAAACAGCCACAGUUCGCGAAGUUAUGACAGCUUUAAAUGAAGCACAAAAAAAUUACGAAGUGCCGAAGUUUAAGUACAUUGAAAUUAAUGGUAUGAAGUUAACUGAACCUCAUCAAGCGUAUGUACAAAUCCUUAGGCAACUGACAGGUAAAAAGACGACACCAGAACACGCUGCUGAAGUGCUGACAAACAUGUUCAAAGCAAAAAAAAGCAACGCUAAAAGCGCGAUGAUAGUUUUACUAGCUGACGAGUUGGAUCUCCUAUGGACGCGAAAACAGCAGGUACUCUAUAAUCUAUUCGAUUGGCCUACCCACCCUAAUUCGCGCCUGGUAGUCGUCGCCAUCGCCAAUACGAUGGAUUUACCAGAGCGAAUGGUUAUGAACAAGGUGGCCUCGCGUAUGGGUCUGUCUCGAAUGACAUUUCAGCCGUAUACGUUCCAGGAACUGCAGGAAAUUGUACGAGCUCGUUUAGAUGGGCUAGACUUGGUAGAUCCCGAUGCUGUGCAACUUGUGUCUCGCAAAGUCGCCGCAUUAUCAGGCGAUGCCCGAAGAGCUCUCGACGUCUGCCGACGAGCCGUUGAGCUUUCGGGAAAAGACGAUCAGCGAGGUGCGGUUCAACAAACGUCGACCUCGCCGAUAAAGAAAGCAAAAAAAUACCCGGUGACAAUGAGACAUGUCAGUCAAGCCAUCCAGGAAAUGUUUGCUUCGGCCAAAAUGGUUGCUAUUAGUUCAUUAAGCGUGAACGAACAAUUGCUGCUUCGCGCCAUUAUAGAAGAAUUUAAACGCACAGGUGUGGAAGAAACAGUCUUUCAUAAGGUGCAGUCGCAGUAUGAAACGUUGGCACGGCUUGAUGGGGUCGCUCCUGUCCAUUGCACUUUGCUAAGCACCAUGCUAGCUCGUAUGGCUUCGUUUCGCUUGCUUACGCUAAGUGAUUCCCGUCAUGAUUUUCAACAGAAGAUCUACAUGAACGUCACCCAGGAUGACGUCCAUUUCGCUCUUAAGCAACUACAAAAAAAGGAGAGUAACUUCAAUAAUGAUUAAAAGAGCUGGAAGACGAUAAACCGGUAUAAUAUUCAGCUCCUGAGAAACAAAGAAAUUCGCAUGCAACGAAGAGGAAAUUAGGUUUGAUACAAAAUAGUAUUGUUACUACAGUGAUCAUUAUUAUUGCAAAGUUCGUAUUCAAUAUUUAAGUUGACUUUCCGAUAGCGAAGCAUUGACUCUAUUGUAUAGUUGUGUGUAUAGUCAUGGAACAAGUAUUACGUUUUUCGAGUUUGGAUUGAGCUUGAAGGUGUGAGUCGUGGGUGAUCAUGGCAGGGCUGCUUGUCAGUCGGCUACUUUUGGACAAAUCGACCCUUUACUGUAUGUGACAUGAAAAAACCACAUCUAUAAUAAAUAA